AUGGUCAAGACUAUAUGGCAAUCAUCCAUUGAAUAUUUCAAUAUCAACAGUUUUAAGCAAUUGCCGGACAUAGAAAAAUAUAACUUCAGGUAUUCGGGUACUUCCAUGAAAGCACUGGCACUGAAGAACAUUUUAGUCACAGAUCUGUCCUUUUCACAGAAUGACCUGUACCGGAUAUUUGCAGACAUGAACAUUGAAGCCUUGACAGUAGCAGGAUCAGAGAUGAUACAGAUGCUAUGUCCUUCAUUUAACAGUCCCUCAGUCUUGAGGUACCUAAAUUUUAUAAACAAUGAUUUAACCGAUCUGCUUUUUCAAAACUGUGAUCCAUUAAUUCAACUGGAGAUAUUUAUCUUACAGAAGAAUAAAUUUGAGAGCCUUUCCAAGGUGAGCUCCAUGACCAGGUACAUGAAAUCACGGAGCUAUCUGGACAUGAGCAGCAAAUUGCUGCGUAACGAUGGAGCCGAGGAGCGCUGCCAACGGAGCAAGUCUCUGAAGGAGCUGGACCUGUCCUCAAAGCAGCUGACAGAGUCUGUGUUCGGGUGCUUGCCGCUCAAUGUCAACAAACUGGACCUACACAACAAGCAGAUCAGCAGCGUCCCCCAGGGGAUUGCUGAGCUGAAGUCCUUGAAAGAGCUGAAGCUGGCGUUGAACAGGCUGGCCGACCUGCCGGGGUGCAGUGGCUUCUGGGCCCUGGAGAUCCUGAAUAUGGAGAUGAACUCGAUCCUCAGCCCUUCCGCCGACUUCUUGGAGAGUUGCCAGAGGGUGCGGGAGCUGGAAGCCGGGCACAAUCCGUUCAAGUGCUCCUGUGAACUGCAGGCCUUCGUGCGUCUGGAGAGGCAGUCUGGGGGGAAGCUGUCCGGCUGGCCGGAGGCAUACGUGUGCGAGUACCCCGAGGACUUGAAGGGAAUGCAGCUGAAGGACUUGCACUUGACGGAGCUCGCUUGCAACACGACCCUGUUGCUUGUGACGGCUCUGCUGCUGCUGCUGACGCUGGUGCUGGUGGGGGUGGUGGCCUUUCUGUGCAUCUACCUGGAUGGGCCGUGGUACGUGCGUGUGCUGUGGCAGUGGACGCAGACGAAGCGCAGAACUUGGCACGAGUGCCCCGAGGAGCGGGAAACCGUCCUGCAGUUCCACGCCUUCAUUUCCUACAGCGAGCGCGAUUCCGUGUGGGUGAAGACCGAGCUGAUCCCAAACCUGGAGAAGGGGGAGGGCAGCGUCCGGCUGUGCCAGCACGAGAGAAACUUUGUUCCUGGCAUGAGCAUUGUGGAGAAUAUCAUGAACUGCAUAGACAAGAGCUACAAGUCAAUCUUUGUGUUGUCUCCCAACUUUGUGCAGAGCGAGUGGUGUCACUACGAGCUGUACUUUGCCCAUCACACGUUGUUCAGGGAGAACUGCAACAGCUUGAUCCUGAUUUUGCUGGAGCCUGUCCCUCCGUAUAUUAUCCCUGUGAGGUACCACAAGCUGAAGGCUCUCAUGGCACAGAGAACGUACCUGGAGCGGCCAAAGGAGAGGAGCAAGCGUGCCCUUUUCUGGGCUAACCUGAGGACAGCUAUUAAUAUUAACCUGCCAGUGGCUGAGGGGCAGAGGUGUGGAGAAAGAGAUUAA